GAGCUUUGCGCGACGCCAACACGUGUGCGACGUACUCUGUCUCAACGAGACAUUCCCCAUCGAAGCAAGGUAUAACUAGCAGAGAAGCGAAAUCCGAAUCCUUGGAACAAGAAGAAAAAGAAAAGACACAAUGGGCAAGAAAAGGCGUGGUCCCACCCUCGACGAGCUGCUGGCUCGACCGUGGUGCUACUAUUGCGAACGCGACUUUGACGACCUCAAGAUCCUGAUCUCGCAUCAGAAGGCGAAGCAUUUCAAAUGCGAGCGGUGUGGUAGACGGUUGAAUACUGCAGGUGGUCUCUCGGUUCAUAUGAGUCAAGUCCACAAGGAACAGUUGGCGGAGGUAGACAAUGCGCUUCCCAACCGGGCGAGUCUCGACGUGGAGAUCUUCGGCAUGGAGGGCGUGCCCGAAGAUGUCGUCCAGACGCAUAACCAACGAGUCAUGGCGCAAUUCCAACAGGCCGAGGCCGAGCGCCAGGCUGUGACGGGGAACCCGCCGGCGGGCUCGUCGGUCAACGGCCAGCCGGCCAAGAAGCCCAAGCUGGAGGCCGUGUCGGAUUUGAAGAGGCGGCUGGCGGAGCAUAAGGCAAAACGAGCCGAGUUGCUGCAGGGGGGGAGUAGUGGCGAGGCGACACCUGUUGGAGCAGGGCAGGCUUCACCAGCUGCUACGCCCACCUCCGCUACGACCGCUACUACUACCACUGCCCCGGCAUUUACCUACCCCCAACCAUACAACUCUGCGUCUCCGUUCCCGCAGACCGCCAGCCCCGUGUACCCGAACUUCUCGCCAAGCGGCCAGCAGUACCCUCCGCCGCAAUAUCCAGCGGGAAUCUCACCUCAGCCCGCGCAGCCCGGUGCGUACGGAGCGACCCCGUCUCCCGUCCCCCCGCAACAGCCUCAGCCCCAGCAGCAAAGCCAGCAGCAACCCCCUCAAACGCAUACCCCGCCGCAGCCUUCCUUCCUUUCCCGACCGGGGGCCCUACCCGCCACUCUCCCGACUGCCCCGGGUCUCCCCGCUGCACCUGGUCUUCCGCAGCGUCCGGCGUUUGGUGCCCCGCAGGUCAACGCGCACCAGAUGCAACAGCUGCACAUGGGCCAUCCGGCACCUCCCGGAGCAGCAGCGGUUACCCCUGACGGUCCGGUGCUUGCGUCUGUAGACGAACUUGUUUCGGGGGCUGCUAAACAAGCCGAUCAACAUGCUGAGGAAGUUGCUGCUGCUGCUGCCGCCGCUGCUGCUUCAACUUCAGCGAAAGCGCCAGACGACAAACCGAAGAAAGAGCGGUCGAAAGUGAUGAGGCUGGUGUAUCCGGACAACGAGACCAGUCCGGAGGAAAGGAUGUCGAGGCUGCCAAGGUACGCAUUCGUUCCUGAUCGCGUGGGGGAGACUGUGCUUGGGGAGCUUCCUGCGGCUGUUGUUGUGGGGGCUAUCAGGGAUUCGGACACGGUGAUCGACACAACACAUUAGCGAGCCAGUCGGAGUACUUACAUAGUACGGAGUACGGUACUACAUGGGAAGAGAAGUGUGAAGAGGAAUCCAGUGAGUGGACGCAAUCAAUAUUAAAUCUCCUGAUCAGCAGAGCAUCCCAUCUACAGUGCAAAUCAAGGUAGGAAUACAUCAAUCAAUGAGCAAUAAACGGUAAAAGUAAUAUACCAAAGCUAAGUAGAAAGUAAUGAGAAAGAACUAUUGUAGUCGAGAUAACUACAAUCUCGCCCGCUUCUCUCUAAGCGCCAGCCCAAAAACCACAACCCCAUAGGUCGCCAAAACACUCAGAACAAGCGGCACCGGUUUCCCCCUCGUCUUAAUCACGCGCGGCACCGCACUCCCCCCCAACACCGUCGAAGCAAGCAAGCCGAU